AUGAUUGACCCAGCUCAAGUCAAGCAUGCCUUCGCGGCCAUGAAGACUUCUUCUUCUUCUUCUCUCAUGGUUCCCCCCAUGCCCUCCCCCACGCACGUCUCGCCCAUCCCAAGCGUCGUGCCCGAUCUCCCUAUCUACGAGUCGGUCGGUGAGACCGGCACCAAGACUCUCUGGGUCGUCUUCUUCAUCAUGUUGCUCUCAACCUUGAGCUUCUACUACCUGGCCUUCAGAGUCCCCGUCCAAAAACGCCUCUUCCACAUCAUCACCGCCCUCAUCACCACCUUUGCCACCCUCUCCUACUUCGCCAUGGCCACCGGCGAUGGCAACUCUUACGCCCACAUCGUCCUCAAGGAGGCACACAAGCACACCCCUGACACCGUUGAGCACCUCUACCGCCAGGUCUUCUGGGCCCGCUACGUCGAUUGGGUCGUGACCACACCACUCCUGCUGUUGGAUCUUGCCUUCCUGGCUGGUCUCAACGGAGCCAAUAUCUUGGUUGUCAUGGUUGCCGACAUCUUGAUGGUUCUCCUCGGUCUCUUUGCUGCUUUCGGUAAGUCCGAAGGCCAGAAGUGGGGAUACUACGCCAUGGCCUGCAUUGCCUACUUGGUCGUUGUUUACCAGCUCGUCGUCCCCGGCCGCCGUGCCGUUGCUGCCAAGGACGGCAAGACUGCUAAGCUCUUCGCUUCCAUUGGAGGCUUCACGCUGAUCCUCUGGACCUUGUACCCAGUUGUCUGGGGUAUCGGAGAUGGAGCCCGCAAGUGGUCCGUUGACGCUGAGAUCAUUGCCUACGCUAUUCUUGACGUCCUGGCCAAGCCUGUCUUUGGCUUCUGGCUGCUGUUUGCUCACGGCAAAGGCGUCAGCGAGCUCGGUGGCUUCUGGGCUCACGGAUUGGGCCAGGAAGGCACCCUCCGAGUUGGUGAGGACGAUGAGUAA